AUGUGGACGGCAGGUAUCUUCGAAGCCGCCCUGGUCACCAUCGGCCUUCUCAUUUUGCGCGCCCUGGCCAAGGCGUGGGGGCUCACAUGGCACUCCAAUUCACAUCUCCAGCUGUUGCUCUCCCUCGUGGUGUUUGCACCCCUCUUCGGUGCCUGGUGGUUCAUCACCAAACAACGAAACAUCCACUCACUCGCCAAGACGCCGACGACGCCAAAUUCGAAUCAUCAUCUUACUGAUGAAGAUGAAGACACCGACUAUGGAGAAGAAGGCGAAUCAGAAGAAGAGGAAGGAGAAGGUAACUACUCGGCGUUUCUGGAUCACUCGGAAACGGACAACCAAUCGAGAUCAGAGCACCUGCGACCCCCCGCCAGCGUAGACGGAAGCCAAGUCUACUCCUACCGAGAGCUGUCCCGCGACGAGAUAGAACUCAACGAGAAGGAGCCCCUUUCCUACGGUGCAUUCAGCGUGGUGUACCGAGGUCGGUGGCGCGGCGUGGAGUGUGCCGUGAAGCAGCUCAGCGUGCCGACUGUGGACAUCAAAGCCAAACAAGAGUUCCGCAAGGAGGCCUCCCUCAUGCAAGAACUGGGGCACCACCCCAACAUCGUCACCUUCUUCGGCGCGGUGACGACUGGCCACUGCAUGUGGCUGGUGGCCGAGUUCCACAAGAUGGGCUCCAUUCACGAGUUCUACCAGCGGUACCGGCGGAAGAUGGCCUCUCCCCGUGCCGGCGAGCGUCUUGGCGGUGACGCCCAGAACGACGGGGCUCCCGCCAUUCCUCUGGAGCUGCUGGUGAAGCUGGCGGCCGAUGCGUCGCUGGGCAUCCUCCAUCUGCACAGGGAGAACGUGAUCCACCGAGCGCGGAAUGUGCUGGUCGGAGGGUCGUUCAAGUCCGGCUUCCGAGCUGUCAUCACUGACUUUGGCCUGAGCCGGGUGAAGACCACCGCCGGAACCACGAUGAGCAACAUUGGUCCCGUGAAGUGGAUGGCUCCCGAGGCGAUUGUGGACAAGGCCUACUCGGAGGCUUCGGAUGCUUGGUCCUUCGGAGUGCUGUUGUGGGAGAUGGUGACGGGACGCGUGCCUUGGGAAGAGGAAGAGGCAUUGCAGGUGGCGAUGAGGGUGGGUAAGGAAGGCCAUACGCUGCCGGUGCCUCCCGGGUGCGACGAGGUGCUCGCCGAGCUAAUGGUCAGUUGCUGGGAACAGGACCCGGCUCGAAGGCCCACCUUCGCAGAAAUGCACACACGGCUGCAGGCCCGCUAUGAAGAGCUCAAGGACGAGGCUGCGGUACGGAGGAUGCGAAGAAGCAGGCAAGCUUCGCGCCUGGGGGACGGACAACGAGAGCAGGAGGAGUGGGUCGUAGUGCCCGGCGACCACUUGACCAACAAUCGGGACAAGAGGGAGGAGAGCGAGAGCGAAGAUGAAGGAGACGUCGCAGUGCGGCAGGCAAGAAGUGAUAGGGAGAGCAGCGACGACUACAGCGACGACGAUGACGAGGAGGGCGAAGAGGAAUGGGAAGGAUUCGCCAUUGCCCAGGCAGCCGAAGACUACCGGGCGCUGGACCUGUCUUCUGCUGCCGGCGCCGCUGUUCUCUCAUCCCCUCGGCGCCAGGUGCUGCUGUCUUCGCGAGGAGCAUCACAAUCCCAAUAA